ACGCCAUCCCAUAAAAUUAUCACAAUUUUUAAUGUGUAAAACAAAGUUUAUUUCGAAAUAAUCGCAAACUUUAAUCAUACAACUAAAUACGCACGUGCUCUGCGAUUUUCAAAACAAAAACAUUUUGAGCAUACAAGUUCGUGAAUAAAAUGGAGCGACGCUUAAGAGGACGGCAGAGUCGGCUUGAGGAUGCCGCUCCAGCCACACAGCCACCAGCAGUUGGAAGACGUGCCGGUUCCACUACGACUGCUUCAGGACCAACAACACGCACACGAUCCUCGCCAGCACGCAACAAGACAUUAACUGCGACUAUAACAGAAGAUGUCGGGCCGCGAACACGCCGCUCCUCCAGACCGCGAUCCGCUGCAGCUCUUCCCAAUACAGCGUCAGUCACAACCAACGUAAAGACACGCACACCCAUCAAGGAAGGCAAAGAGUCCUCAUCGCCGCGGCAAUCCACCAAUAAUUUACCGACCACGUUGACCACCAACACCUCGACACGUGCACCAAACAAAUCGUUUGUAACCUCAUCGGUUCAGAGCUCCUAUAGCAGCACAUCGACUACCACAGAGCGCAUAGAGAUUCGUUCGGACGGUGGUGGAGAAAUCAACACAGACUCCAUACGCAAACGCCUAGCCGACCGGCUCCGUCGCUCGCUGUCCAAGACCACAUCCAAUGCGGCUGGUACGGAACGGACGCACACACCGAACACCAAUACGGAGGAUGCAGGCAGCCGCUAUAGUCGUUCUGCUUCUCGCUCCGUUUACGACGACGAUAAAUUUUCCAAGGCCAGCUACUCGGAUGUGGAAGAGGAGGAGGAGGAAGAGGCCCGCGAAAGCGCUUUCCGCAGCUUCAACGUGACACGACAAUCGCUGUCGCCGCAGCCCAAUGCCUGCCGCAAAGUUGAGGCACCACGCGAAUUUGGCGGUUGGUUGGGCGUCAGUUUGCUGAUGAUUCUGAUCCCUGCCAUGGUCUAUUAUCUGAUAUGGAGCUGUGCGGGUGUUCGCAAUGCUUGCGCCUUUAAGCGUAUAAAUCUUACAGUGCUUUUGGACUGGUCCUAUUUGUCACGUCAGGUGUUCAAGUCGGAUGUGAUAUCCGCCUUUUUUGGCUACCAAGUGGUUAUGUUUUGGCUGGUGGCCCUAUUGCCAGGUCGACGUGUUCAUCUCACGAGAGAGACAUACAAAUUCAAUGCGCUGACAGUGGCUCUAACCAUACUGCUUAAUGUUGGCAUUGCCGAGUAUCUUAAAUAUCCAGUGGUCAGCUUUAUACUCCGACAUUAUCUUCGAUUCUGCAUUUAUAGCUGCGUCAGCGCAUUUGUGGCAGCCGCUUGGAGCUACUGGCGUGUGGAUACGACUCUGUAUAAUGUGCUGCGUCAGCCGCUGAAUAACGACUACGGACGCUCGGGCAACUUUCUCGUUGAUUUUGCAUUGGGACGUCAAUUGAAUCCCAAGUGGCUUGGACGUGUGGACCUUAAACAAUACUACUAUCGUCUAUCGCUGAUCAGCGCGCUACUCUAUGCCGCCGGCUAUAUCUACCAGACGAUCCAAUGGCCCGCUUCCCCAGUGGCUAGCGAGGAGGGCCUUCAGUAUAUUCUUCGCUAUUAUCUGCGCAACAUAGGCUACGAUGCUGGCACAAUAAUGGCAGCCAGCUUGCUGGUGCUCUACCUGCUUGAUGCCAUUGUCUUUGAACAUCAUUUGUCCUCUUCCUUCGAGCUACAGCACGAGGGCUAUGGCUGUCUGUUGCUGCUGCGCUAUGCCGUCACGCCCUAUAUACUAACUGCAAUCACCAAAUACAUGUACGAGCAGCGUGUGCCCAUCUCCUGCUGUUUCGCGCCCUACGGCGCCUUCGCAUUGCUGCUUCUCGGCUUGGGUAUCAAGCGUUACAGCUGCGCUUACAAGUAUCAGUACCGCCUGAACGCGCAUAAUCCAAUCUUCUCGAACAUCGAUACUAUCCAUACCUAUCAGGGCAGUCGUCUGCUUCUGAGCGGGUUGUGGGGUCGCCUCCGUCAGCCCAACUAUCUGGGCGACAUUAUUGCUUUGGGCGCCCUCAGUGUGCCGCUCUUUUUACGAUUCGCUUGGCCGCCUCUCUUGUUGCUUCUGCUGCUCGUUUUGGUGAUUCUUCAUCGGGCCACACGCGCCAAUGCUCGGAACCAGGCGCGCUACCACUCCUCAUGGCAUCGCUACUGCGCACAAGUCCGCUUCUAUGUCCUGCCCAAGAUCUACUAAUUGGCCAUCUAAUGCAGCGUGCAAUUUUAAGUUUUAUUUUUAUGUUCAUCCCCACCGAAAUUUGCACUCAGUUCGAUUUGAUCUGUAUAUAUAAAUCAAUUAUUUCAAUUUUUAUUCAGUGUGUUUCCCUGCCCCCCUAUUCAAUUUUUUAUUUGUCGAUUAUAAAUAGUACAAAAUUUAUUUUACAACUUAAUUUACUUACAACAUAAUUUAAUA